AUGGUAACUUUCUGUAUUUGGUGCUGUGAUCCAACUCAUCUCCCCAUCCCUGCAGAGAAACCUGAGACCAUGAGGAGCAGCCUGACCCUGGUGGGAACCCUCUGGGCCUUCCUGUCUCUUGUUACUGCUGUGGCCAGUUCUACCAGUUACUUCCUGCCUUACUGGCUCUUUGGAUCUCAGCUGGGGAAGCCAGUGUCAUUCAGCACAUUCCGGAGGUGCAACUACCCUGUGCGGGGAGAGGGACACAGUCUGAUCAUGGUGGAAGAGUGUGGGCGCUAUGCCAGCUUCAGUGCCAUCCCAAGCCUGGCCUGGCAAAUGUGCACAGUGGUGACAGGUGCCGGCUGUGCUCUGCUGCUCCUGGUGGCACUGGCUGCUGUCCUGGGUUGCUGCAUGGAGGAGCUCAUCUCCAGAAUGAUGGGACGUUGCAUGGGAGCAGCGCAGUUCGUGGGAGGACUGCUGAUAAGCUCAGGCUGUGCCUUAUACCCCUUAGGAUGGAAUAGCCCGGAGAUAAUGCAAACAUGUGGGAAUGUCUCCAAUCAAUUUCAGUUAGGUACCUGUCGGCUUGGCUGGGCCUAUUACUGUGCUGGAGGUGGGGCAGCUGCUGCCAUGUUGAUCUGCACUUGGCUGUCUUGUUUUGCUGGAAGAAACCCCAAGCCUGUCAUGUUGGCGGAGAGCAUCAUGAGGAACACCAAUUCUUAUGCCAUGGAGCUUGACCACUGCCUCAAACCUUGA